GUUGUGGAGCUAAAUAUUCUCAUAGUAUCAUAACUGGUUUAUCUCACUCCGUGUGGUGUUGUGAGACAUCGAGCUGACCAUUUUCAAGUUUAUUUUCAACGGUUUCUAAUUGUAUUCAUUUAGAGAAAUAUCGUAAGCGUUUGGGUUUGCCUUGGAGAUGAAGAAACACUUAACAAAUGUUGGAUAAGCAUUCAACUUUGGUUCUAUCAAGACUCUUUUCUGUUAGCUGUCCUAUGUUGGCUAGCGAGCUAGCUACGCUGGCAUCAGUCCACGAAGCCAUCAAGAUUUGAACUUCAUCAUCCUAGAAGACGUGAAGACCAAAGGCUUGAAAGGAGAUACCCAACAAGCCUUUAAGGUUAAAGGCUCAAGCUUCUGGUGGACUCAUUGCAAAUUGAUCUCAAAAUCUAUUCAGCCAGGCCCGCAUCAGCGGAUAUCAGCAGUAAAUGGGUAACAGUGCGCUCAAAGCACACCUGGAAACGUCCCAGAAAACUGGCGUCUUUCAGCUGACUGGCAAAGGUCUCCUGGAGUUUCCUGAGGAGCUUCAAAGGUUGACUGGGAACCUGCGCACUGUCGACCUCUCGAAUAACAAGAUAGAGGCGCUGCCUCCAUUCAUAGGAAAUUUUUUACACUUAAAGAGUCUUAACCUCAACGGAAACAAGCUAACAUCUUUGCCCAGUGAACUCGGGAAGCUUAAGAAGCUGGAAACCCUUUUGCUGAAUGGCAACCAGCUGCAGACUCUUCCAGCCUGCGUGGGCCAACUGAAGGCCCUGCGCACCCUCAGCCUCUCGGGGAACCAGCUGCGGGAGCUCCCCAGUGGCCUAGGCACCUUGCGUCACCUGGAUGUGUUGGACGUAUCCAAGAACCGUAUCCAGGCCCUGCCUGCAGAAGUGGCCGAACUGCAGGCCAUUGAGAUCAACCUCAACCAGAACCAGAUCUCCACGGUCUCCCCAGAGGUGUCGCGCUGUGAGCGGCUGAAGGUGCUGCGUCUUGAGGAGAACUGCCUGGAGCUCAACUCCAUCCCCAUCUCCAUCCUCACCGAGUCCCAGGUGUCCCUCAUCUCUCUGGAGGGCAACCUGUUUGAAGUCAAGAUGAUGCGCGACCUCGAGGGUUAUGACAAGUACAUGGAACGCUUCACUGCAACCAAGAAGAAGUUUACCUGAACAUGCAGAAAUUGGGACAGGCUGAGUGGACUGACGGCCUCUCGACUGUUUCAGGCUACACACUGCGCUCGUCCCUGGUCCACGGCCCUGUGGUCGUGUCUCCUGGCAUGGCUAUGGCAGCGGUGUGUUCACGUGAAACGAAGAUGGACAAGAGAGAACAAGGACUACUUCACAGCAGGCUAGAGCUACUUACUUCAAGACUGCUUACUUACUGUACAUGGGGUAGCGUUUCUCCUCAUAUAGUACAAACACUGCACAUCAACUAAAGAGAAAGCAAGCAAGAGAGCAUCUCUUAAAACCACUCCAGGGAUAACAUAUGCUCCUGACACAGAAGCCAUGUUCAUUUACAGUAGCCUACAUAUGUAUGCCUAUGCCAUCAGGCUUAACAACGGGAUAAACACAAUAAUCACUCUUCAGUACUACAGGUAUUUAUGAGAAAAGCUGUAUUUGUGUAGCCAUCCUUGCUCUUGAGUUCAUAUGCGCUUUGUGGAGUUUAGGGCCAUGUCUGCAAAUGUCUGUUGACCACUAACAUAAUAUGCCAUGCUUCAAAUGCUUUAGUCUGAAUGAUGUCCAAUGCCCACUAACAACCUCAGUCAACAGAGGAUGCAGGUUUUUAUGCAAGAUAUUGAUUAUAAUAUAGAUUAUAUUUUUAAAUGUCUUGACCAGUGUGAUGUCAGAGUAUUUAUUUUUCUCGAUGUGUUGAUAUUGUUUUCCUGCUUAGAUGGGGGAGGUUGCUGGAGAAGGAAGGUAUGCUUAUUUUAGUGUUGAUUCAGCACAAAAGCUGUGUAAAGUGGAACAUGCAGGAUUGCAUACUGUACAGUACAGUAGAGCAACUUCUUGUCUACAGUAUAUGCAUUCACACUGGUAGAACAUAAUUAAACCCACACUGCUGUACAGCUCAGUGCAAGUCAAGCUUACAGUAAUAACUAAUGUUUGCAUUAUUAUUUAAUGUUCUUGUCAGUGUUAAUAGCUGUGUGCAAGAAGUUGCCAUUUUAUGUACAUUGAUGUCAUGCUUGUUGCACCUUCUAAGAUGAAUGAAGUAUAUUAAUAACC